AUGGCACCUCCAUCGCAAGAAGUGCUGUUCAGCCUUCAAAUUCCCGCCCAUAAAUCGCCAGCUGCUCCAUCUCCAGGCGGAACAAUCACAGUGUCGCGCCUCAGUCUCACACCAUCCCUUCCACGUGACGCAACAGCAUCCCAGUCCAUGUCAUCAAACCCAGCACACGGCCGCGCGCGCCCCCGUCACGGAGACCAACCACCACCACCACCAAUAUACCUACUCACGCACCAUUCUCCACCCGACAACAGGCUAACACCACCCUUCCUACAAACCUAUCUCCACGCCCUCCUCCGUCUCCAACAUGGCGACUACCCCCACGGCAUCCUCCUAACCACCUCCUCAAUCACCAAAUUCUUCAGCAACGGCCUCGACCUAGCGACCUUCCAACCCAGCGACAAACCAAGGUACCUCUACCCCUUAUGGCGCAAGCUUCUGACCUACCCCAUGCCAACAUGCGCCGUGAUCAAUGGCCACGGUUUCGCUGGCGGCCUAAUGCUAAGCAUGUUCCAUGACUUUCGGAUCAUGAACCCGCACCGCGGCUGGCUCUGCCUUAACGAGCUGGAAUUCGACGCUGAGCUGGCGCCGGCUAUGGCUUCGAUAUUCAAAGCCAAGCUCACGAACAGCACGUUUAGGUCCUUGCUCCUUGAGGCGCGACGAUUUACGAGUCUCCAAGCGCUAGAGUAUGGGCUUGUCGAUGGCCUUGGCGGGUUAGAGGAGGCCGUGAAUGUCAUGACUGACGUCGAGGGUGGACAUGGCAGGGCUGGAAUGGUAGUGAGUGUGCGUGGGAGAGGGACAGUAUACGGGAAGUUGAAGGAGGAGAUGUACAAGGAUGUUCUGACGCAACUGGAGAUGAGUGAGCUGGAGGAGACGCAGAUAGUGGAGCGGAGGAUGCUUGACAGAGUCAUGAGGGACAAAGAGGAGAAGAUAUUGAUUGAACGGCUUGGAGGUGUGGAAAAGGCGAAACUUUGA